AGAUAGUGAAAUUCGCAACCUUCCAACUCGAGAUAUAAUAACUCUGAAGAAAACAACAACAUGAUGAAGUUAUCUUGUAUGUAUAGUUGUCAUUGCCAACAAAUUAAGAAAUUUCAUCAUAAUGGCCUUGCCUGAUAGACACACAAUUGCAAUUAUGUAGCAUUUCCUUGAAUAUAUAGCUGACAUCGCCAUUUGUACAGAUUUAUAUCAAUAGUUGCAUCCUUGAUACUAUACAACGAAAAUGGAUAAGAUUGGAAGUUUGUCACGUAGCGAUCAGACUGAAUUCAAGAAGCGUGACUUUCAAGAGAAAUAUUAUUCAUACAUUUUGAAGCGUAUUGAAGACGGUGAAAGAGCGGACAACAGUUUGAUUGCGCUGAGAAAAUUGAGACAGGGAUUGAUAGCGACAAACAGGUCUGAUAAAUUUGCAGUCAAAGUUUAUAAGACGUCAUUUGAUAUUGCGCUACGGUGCAAGAACAAUGAUGAGAUUAGACUGGCACUAACUAGACUGUCCGAGAUAGACAAUAACCACGUCUGGCAUCAAUUGUUUGAGAUAAACCAACUUAGCAACCGCGUGAAUUCUGUUAUUCACUCAACGGAUCGUCUGGUACAGAAGCUACGACGUUGUAUACUAGACUGCAACUACCACAGUUAUUUUGAAUUAAUCGACAGUCUAUCUGGAUAUCAAAAGAGUAUGAUGCUCCUCCUAGUCGACAAAUUCCGGCAUCUGGCUUAUUCCAUCAUUGCGAAGGCCUAUCUGAAGCUGCCUAUUGGGAUAUUAAUGCAUAGACUACGUCUAGAGAGUGAAUCCACCUGUAUGGAGUUUUUGCAGCAGCAAAAUUGGCUGUUUGACGCCAGUAACUUCUCGUCUUCCACCACAUUGAACUUCAAAACAAGGACGGUAACAUGAACAAUCUACAGAUACGUCCAUUGAAAUUCUUAGGAUUUUUGUCAGUCUCUUAUUAUUUUGUACAC